AUGUACGGCGAGGUGGUGGAGCGUGUCGUGGUCAGCCAUCGGAGACCCGAAUUCCCCGACCACACUCCCCCCCAAUACAGGUCUCUGGCUGAGCGCUGCUGGGCGUCUGACGCGGCGGCUCGUCCAACGUUUGCUGCCGUGCUAGCGGAAGUAGAAUCCAUGCUGGCGUCAUCGGCUGUGCUGCAGGCCCAGAGUGACAUGCUAUACGCGUCGUUAACGCCGCCGCCGCCGCCGCCCCUGCAACCGACGGUGACGGCGGCACCCACUCCGGCUACGGAGGUUGCGGCGGAAUCCCCCACCCCCACCUCCGGGGUGGCUACCUGGUACAACGGCGACCGCCGCCGCCCCGCGUCUCAACACGGUGAUCUGGAGAGCGGUCGCGACGGGACCGGGGAUGCCGACGUACAUAUACACAUAGGAUAG